AUGUCCUAUCGAAGGCUCUACAUGUUGUCCAAACCCAUGUCUCAGAGCGAAUCUGCCAUCGUCGCGAAGUCGCAACACCUUUCGCCCCAGAGUGAGGGAGGAAACGACGGGUUCAUAGCCAUCCUUUCCAAUGUUGUGGUAGUGUCAGGUCUAGACGAGAAGAAACAGCCGGACACGUGCAUUGAGGUCGUGAUCUCCAGAGCACCGUCACAGAAGUCCGAGGCGCAGAAGGCGAAGGUGAUCAAGAAUUCAGCACAUCCGAGAUGGCUCGAGGGUGAUAACAAACUGACAGUAAUGAAUCUGCGCCCAUCCUCGACCAUGAGACUGAGACUUCUGCGUAGAGGUCUUUUCCACGGAAGAGUCCCUGGCCUGUCCUUAGAUCUCAUGGGAGAAUACGAAACAAAGGUGGUUGAUUUCGCCUCAGAAGAUACUGCCGGGAUCGAAUUCCUAUUGAAGCAACCCAGCGUCGAUGAUCCACUCAUCAAAAUGUCGAUUUGUGUUACGAUUACCCGUGCGACGCCUACGACCAUCGCCGAUCUUGGCAUCGACGACGCCUCGUCACGCCUCGCAAAUGCGUAUCGUGCUCUCGCACGCCGACAACUUGGAGAGAAUGCCUCUUCAGCCUUUAGAGCGGCCGAUGACAUCGUGUCUGCCGGAUCAGAGGCCCAAGAUGUCGUCGACGGUGCUCAGGCGUUGAGUGGUGAGCAGAUCAUCGGGGGCUUGGUCAGUGCAUUGGAUGCUGUGGUGAAGAUCGGGGACGAGGUCUCUGCGACGCAUCCAAUAAUCAAGAUCGCCUGGAUUGCCAUCACCUGCGUCUACAAGACUGCCAAAGCUCAACAGCAAAUCGACGAGGACUCUCGGCAACUUGUGGAGGACCUCUCUUCGCUACUGGCGUAUGCAACGGUGUGUCGAGAUCUUCCUUCGGUGAACGGGGAAAACAUCGUAGAUCGUGUGUUUGCUUUGACUAAGGAAGGGGCUUGUCUCAUCGAUGAAUCUAUGGCAUAUAAUUUCUUCGGGCGCGCCGCCCUUGGGACUGUGAGCGGCAUCGAGGGGCGUAUCAAGAAUUGUCGGAGCAAGACCCAAACGCUAAAAGAAAAUUUCAAUACCGCGGUGGUAGUGGAUACACGAGAACGAGGCGAGUCAAUGCUGCAUCUCAGAUUCAAAGCUCUUGAAACAGAGGCCUUAGUCGGUCUUCCCUAUGCCAAAGGUGCUCAUUGGAAUAGGAACCUCGCCUGCAUGGACGGGACCCGAACGACUCUACGCCAGAAGAUUCAUUCAUGGCUGGAUAGCGACAGCGCCACGACGAAUAUCUUCUGGCUGAAUGCUCCUGCAGGAGCAGGAAAAAGCGCUCUUGCACAUACUGUCGCUCGCGAUGCAAGCGAAAAGUUUGAUAACGUGCUAGUCGUAUCGUUCUUCUUCGACCGCAAAGUUGAUGAGCGGUGCAAUGCGCGUCUCUUUGUGGGCACUUUGGUACACGAUCUAGGCAUCCAAAACCGUCAUUUCCGGACAGCUGUUCUCGCUUCCCUGCAGGACAAACCUAGCCUUGCAUAUGAUCAGCCUGCAGAGCAGUUCACUCUGCUCAUUAUGUGUCAUGCCUCAGCUUUCACUAGUCGCCGAGUUCUCAUUCUCAUUGAUGCUCUGGACGAAUGUUCGGGGUAUAGCGGCGAUUUCUUGACCAUUCUGUGCGAGCACGUUCCCAAACUUCCAUCAUCAUUUCGGAUCCUCUUGACCUCCCGCCCCGAAGAUAUACUCAUGCGCCACCUACCAAAAUACUCGCAUGUCUAUACGACGAGCAUUGAACUUAGCUCGGAAGAGAACCACUCCGACAUAUCAGUAUAUGUAUACACACAGCGGCAGAAGAUUGCUUCCUAUAGUGAGUUGGGGCCCUCAUGGCCCGCGGACGAGCAAUGCAAGGCUUUGAUCAACAAAGCUGGAGGUCUCUUCGUUUGGAUUUCGCUGGUCAUGGACUUCAUCGGAAAGUACAACAUGCGAAAAAGAGACAGGAAAGAAAAUCUAAAAUCCAUACUCUCGCAAGAUGUCACAAGUCUCACACCAACAAAAAUGAUGGAUGAGCUGUACAGCACGGUUCUCUCUCCCCAUGACUGGACCAGCAAACAAUUUGUGGAAGACUAUCGUCUUGUUGUUGGCGCAAUUGUUGCCACAAAGGAGCCACUUUCAAAGAGGAGUCUAAGGGCUCUCUGCGAGGAUGAUGAUAAUAUUGUCGACGACACACUCUCUGUCCUGUCACCUUUGUUUGUCAUUGACGUCGACGACGACGACAAACCUGUCCAACUUCUACACCUCACACUUCACGAGUUUCUGACUGAUCCUCUCCGAUCAAAGGAGUACUUCAUCGACGAGGCUGAACAUUCCCGCUCCCUUGGGCUUCGAUGUCUUAAACUCCUUGUAAAUUCGCUUAGCAAAGAAAUAUCUGGACUGGGUUGGUCGUCAUCCUGGGAUGAAUACCAGUACCGCCCGAUUCCAACCAUCCGAGUCCCGAAUGCCGUUGCAUACAGCUGCCGCUUCUGGAUAGAUCACAUCACCGAUACAGCAGAUGAAGCCUGGGACAAAUACCUGGAUCCUCUUGACACAUUCUCGCCAUGCCUUAUUUCUUGGUUAGAGGUUGCAGCUGCGCUAGGUGAAUUUCCGGCACUGGAUAAGUUGCGGUCCUGGGCUACGGUAUGUUUUUACCUUACUUACUCUCUUGGGCAUGGAUUCUGA